AUGCAAGAAAAGGUUCAAGAGCGCAGAAAGAAACGUGAAAAAGUAGAAAAGGAACAGGAAGACUUGGAAAAGGAAAUGGAGAAGCUCAAAGAAAAAAAGGAAGGCUUGGAACGAGAAUCAUCACUUAAAAGAAACCAGGCUAUUCAACUUCAAAACCAAGUUCGUAGUAUGGAGACUCAGCGAGGCAAUCAUCUCACAGCUUACGGUGAAAAUAUGCCAAAGGUUCUGGAAGAGAUUCGUCGCGAAAAUCGUUGGCAAAAGAGACGUCCUGUUGGACCCUUUGGCACGUUCGUUCAGCUCAAGUAUUCCCAGUAUGCCAAUAUCUUGGAAUCCUACUUGGGCAAAACCCUGAAUGCGUUUGUAGUUGAAAGCUUCCAAGAUAAACAACUUCUUAUAGAGAUUCUCAAAAGAAAUAACAUGAGCUAUAUUCCUGUGAUGGUUGCUCCUUACGAUUUGUUUGAAUAUGCAGAGGGCGAGCCUGAUGAACAACACCUUACAGCGCUAAGAGCCUUGACAUUCAAAGACGAGUGGGUUAAGCGUCAGAUGAUCAUUGCUAACAAAAUUGAAUCCACUAUUCUAAUGGAAAACCGUGAAGAGGCUGAU